AGUCUUUGAAUAUUCUUUCCCUCGGUCUUGUGGUUUUCGUAAUCCUUCAUCACACUCAAUGUUUUGUUUCCUUUAGCAUAAUUUUUGUGAAUUGGAUUGUUUUAGGGUUAAGAAAUUUGGGGAUUCUAAACUCUUCAUGGACUUCCGAAGUAGAAAGGUUCAGUUUUUGCUACUCGCUAUCGGAAUCGUCGCUCUCAGUAUCACCGCGGAGAAAUGUCGGGAGCUUGUUGGAAUAGAAGCUGCAUCAAAGAGUGGAGAGUUCACAUUCCUGAACUGCUUUGAUAUGAGUUCAGGAACCAUAGCCUGUGCGGUUAAAGAAGGUGUGAAGCUGUAUUUCUACAACAUAAGAUCUAUUCACGUGGAGAAAGCCCGUAACAUCGCGAUAGAGAAAGCCUUGCACGAGUCCUUGGUAAAAGGCAUGGCUGCAAAUGAAGCAGCAAGAGAGGCUCAAAACGCAGGUGCAAAAGCGGCUAAACUAGCGACCAGGCAAGCUAAACGGAUCAUAGGACCAGUAGUAGCAGCUGGAUGGGAUUUCUUUGAAGCGCUUUACUUUGGAGGGACAUUAACCGAAGGCUUCUUGCGUGGUUCUGGAACUUUGGUUGGUGCUUAUGCAGGAGGGUAUGUAGGCGAGAAGAGAUUUGGUAGGUUUGGUUAUCUUGUUGGGAGUCACUUGGGGAAUUGGGUCGGUGCACGGGUUGGAUUGAUGGUUUAUGAUGUUGUGAAUGGGGUCAACUUCUUCUUUGAGACUUAUCAAUCUGGAGAAACUUUUGAGGAACAGUCUUCAUAUGAAACUUCUGUGGAUCAGUCUUCAUAUGAAACUUCUGAGGAGCAGUCUUCAUAUGAAACUUCUGAGGAGCAGUCUACAAAUGAACCUUCUGAGAAUCAGUCUUCAUAUGAAACUUCUGAGGAGCAGUCUUCAGAUGAAACUUCUGAGGACCAGUCUUCAUAUGAAACUCCAAGUUACGAGCUCUAGAAGCUUCAUGGAUUAUUGACAAUGACCUAAGAAGGUUCUAUUGAUGAAUUGAUUUGCAAAGCUUUAGAAGAUUCUGGAGUGUUUGUGAUACAUUUGACAGAGUUGUAUAGACUAAAAGAGUUUCAAAGUGAUUGAUGACGUAUGAAAUAUGUUAAGUGGAAUUUGUUUUACGACAGAAAUUGGGUUCAGUUUGGUUUGAUUGUGGUUUGAUGACAGGACUUCUAAAUCGAAAUAUC